AUGGCUGGAUUCCCUGCUCUCGAGCCUGCAUUUACCAUGCUGGUGGAAAUUGACGCCCCUCAUGUAGUUGGCAGCGCCUCUCGCGGCGCCAGUCUCCAGGUCGUGCCCAUGACCGGGGGCUCUAUCAAGAGCGAAGGAAGCUUCUCUCCAGCCCUUGAUGCGGAGUUUGUCGGUGUCGGUAACGACUACAUCCAUGCUGAUCCUGAUGGUGGUCAUCUUCGAUUGAAUGCACAUGGAGUUGUCAAGACUAAAGAUAGCGAGCCCGCUCUUAUCUACGUGAACUACACUGGCGUGGUUAAAUUCGGCGACCACGAGCGUGCGGUCUUGUCUGGUGCAGCAGAGGAUCUGUCGACUCCGUUUGGAAACUCUUUCGUGCACAUUACCUUUGAGACCGGCGACGCUCGCUACAAGGAACUCGAGAACAAGGUCUAUGUCGGCCAGGGACGGUUCAACGCCGUGAAGGGAAAGCCUAUUGUGGUGGAAUACAGAGUUGGAAAGGUCAUUCAUACUUGA